AUGCGUUGUAGGGGGGGAUUUAUGUCACCACAAACAGAAACUAAAGCAAAGGUUGGGUUCAAAGCUGGUGUUAAAGAUUAUAAAUUGACUUAUUAUACUCCUGACUAUCAAACCAAAGAUACUGAUAUCUUGGCAGCAUUCCGAGUAACUCCUCAACCUGGAGUUCUGCCUGAAGAAGCAGGUGCAGCGGUAGCUGCAGAAUCUUCCACUGGUACAUGGACAACUGUGUGGACUGAUGGACUUACCAGCCUUGAUCGUUAUAAAGGACGCUGCUACGAGAUCGAGCCUGUUCCUGGAGAAGAUAAUCAAUUUAUUGCUUAUGUAGCUUAUCCCUUAGACCUUUUUGAAGAAGGUUCUGUUACUAACAUGUUUACCUUCAUUGUAGGUAAUGUAUUUGGGUUCAAGGCCUUGCGCGCUCUACGUCUGGAAGAUUUGCGAAUCCCUAAUGCUUAUGUUAAAACUUUCCAAGGUCCUCCUCACGGAAUCCAAGUUGAGAGAGAUAAAUUGAACAAGUAUGGACGUCCCCUAUUGGGAUGUACUAUAAAACCCAAAUUGGGUUUAUCAGCUAAGAAUUAUGGUAGAGCAGUUUAUGAAUGUCUCCGCGGGGGACUUGAUUUUACCAAAAGAUGA